AUGAAGAACCUUUUGGAACUCUUCCCUCCCUACCGUAAGCGGAAGGAGAAACAGGAGAAACAGCGCGUUGAUGAGGAAGCGCUUCGAGCUCGAAUAAAGAUUUCGAGCAAUCUCUUCCGUCUAUGGAAUGUACUUGUGAAGUUCGAAGACAAUUCUUACAUUGACCCAGCCUCUCUGAAAGACUUGAAUAUCGAAUACGAGGAUCUGAAUUUCAAUGGAGAUAAUGGUCUGUACGAGACAACCCCGAAUCCCAACUUUUUCCAACCGAGCAAAAAAGAAUAUCUUGGAGAGUUCUCUCCCGACCAUGACGAUCGAGACACAAAGCUCAAGUUGGAGUGGUUUCAUAAAGAAUGGACAGAUGAUAGCCCUCAACUCUUCAAAAGACCGAUCGAUGCUAGCGAUCUUUCCCACUGGCUCAAAGAUUGGUUUCAAUUUGUGCUUCGGAAGGGACCGGGAGAGGAGAAGUCCAUAUCUCUAAGUGACUUGAGUCUUUUGAAACAAGACCUGAUGCCUACGACGCACUUCGUGAAAUUAUUGGAGCGCAAUGACAGAAGAAAACGCAAAAUCGAACCCUUCUUUUCGGUUCUUUACGAUUUCAGCCGUUGCAAUCCAGAUGAUGCCUGGGUUGCCCUAAGCUUGCCUCAUGUGAUGAUGACGAUGUGCAGCAGCAUUCCAAGCGAGGAAAGGAUUUUGGUUGCUGAGAUCCAAGCCUUUGUAGCGGUCAUGUGGAAUCGACUCGUGAGCGAAAAGAUAUACCCUGAACAUAAUAUCGUUCCUAUGAUGAUGUUCACCUUUUCGGACGAUCUACAUGGCAGAAUUCUGCAAGCUUAUUACAAUGAGACAGGGCUUGUUAUUCGAAAGAGUAAACUCUAUGAGUUUACCACGGAAGAAAAAUGCACACAAAACCUGAACUUUUUCCUUCAGUAUUUGACUUGCUCACUGGAGGGGUCAACUAGGAUCUUUGAUGUGAACCCUACCGACCCUCAGAUUCCCAGGGCAAUUAUGGCAGCCAAGGAAUCCAGCGCCUCCGUUGAAGCAGCUACUUGCAAUGACCCCAUUGCUUCCAAUUCUUCCAACCCGUCCAACGAUCUCAUCGCUUCCAAGGAUUUUGCUAUUUCCCAUUCCCCUAUCGCUACUAACGUCAUCAGUGACCCUGAUCAGGAUGUCCCCACUAUUAAUGGCACAAAUGACUUCGGCUCCUCCAAUAUCCCUGCUGAGACCGUUGCUCCAAAUCGGCCUAUUGUUUGUGAAGCCGCUGAUGGCUCCAAUGUUUCACAGUCUCGAUCCUCUAGCUCCACUCAUACCUUCAGCUCUGAUGACGCUUCCAAGUCUACCGAUUCCCGCGGAACCUCCAAUACCUCCUUCUCUUCCGGAGUGCCUGAUCCACAGGCCUCCUCCAAUGUUCCGGAGACUUCGAUUCCAUCCAAGAGGAAACGUUCCACAGAGGAGCUUCGAGAGGUAGUGUAA